GCCCGUCCAUAUCCUUCUCCCUAUGAGAACUUCCCUUCAGGCCAUGGGCGACAGCGAGCGCGAGCGGCACCCGACCGAAGCGGUGAAGGGCCACCUCCCGGAGAAAGGCGGCCCCUCGACCUCUCAAGCUCUCGCGGUGGCCACACUGCUCCCCCUCGGCGGCGGCCUACUCGCCCUCGGCGGGCUCACGCUCGCCGGCUCGCUGAUAGGGCUCGCCGUGCUGACGCCGCUGUUCCUGCUGUUCAGCCCGGUGCUGGUGCCUGCGGCGCUCCUGGUGGCGCUGGCGGUGACCGGGUUCCUGGCGUCGGGCGCCUUGGGGCUUACGGGGUUGUCGUCGAUGGGGUACCUGCUGAACCAGGCGAGAGGGAUGUUGCAGAGGACGCCGGAGCAGAUGGAGGACACGAAGCGAAGGGUGGGGGAGGUGGGACAGAGAGCGAAGGAGGCCGCGCGUUCCGGUCAGAGAACCUAAAGCCAUCUAUCUCCACAUACGUGUAAUCUUGGUGCUGUAGUUUGAGGAUGUGAUCCAACCCGUUAGCAGAAAAUAAUCCGACGUAAUGAAUAAUGCUUACGAUCGUUCCCUAAAAUUCAUUUUCCGACAUUAAAUAUAGAGACUAUAUUUUGUCGUC